UUCUCCACUGUUGUUACUUUAUUAUCCUCACCAAUACCACCAACCUCUGAAUCAUCUGCUGUCGUUUUCCCCCCAAUUCGUACAGUUGAUCCGAGUGGAAGCCAUGGACGACGAGUUCGAGUUCGCGGAAAAGGUUCCUCCGUCGUUUGAUCGCAUGGAAAAUAUGGUCAAAGACGCAGAAGCCAAAGGUUUUAACCCUGGAUUGAUAGUGCUGCUUCUUGUUGUUGGGGUGCUAUUAGUAUUCCUUGUUGGGAAUUUUCUUCUUUACAUGUAUGCACAGAAGACCCUUCCUCGGAUGAAAAAGAAACCGGUCUCCAAGAAGAAGAUGAAGAGGGAGAGACUGAAGCAAGGUGUAUCAGCACCAGGGGAGUAGGCAUUUUAAAGUUUAAACUUGAUAUGGAUCAGUCCUCCUUGUGCGUAGAAUAUCAUCAUCAGCAGAUGUGGUCAUAGACGCUCAUAAUUCUCUUUUCCCAGUGGCCAAGUACCAUUUGUCACGAGAUGGUCGCAUUACCAUAGUUGCUCUUUUUCUUUUCAUUCAUACUGAGUAGAAAAUUUAGUGUCGUAAAACUCACUUUCUCUGCAGCUUAUCUUAUACUGUUUAUCAUAUACAUUUUUCUUUGUUAGCAUCAGUAGGGAAGGGUAAUUCUCUUCCCCCCUUUAUCUUAUGUUCGAGUCUCUUUACUUUGUUUCCAUCAGUAUGGAAGUGCAAUUCUCUCU